UUUCUCCUAAUUAAAAUAAGAGUUAAUAAUCUAUCCAAGUGAAGAGUAAUAUAAACUUUGGGAGACUUUAGAUCAUAUGAUUAAGCUGUAAGAGAUCGAAUCGAGACUAGAACUAAAGAAUUUUAUUUUUUGGUUAAGAAUUAAACAAAAGAAAUUGGAGGUUGACAAAUGCAAGAAAAAUAAUAUAUUUUGAGUGGUUAGAAUAGUUGAUCGAAGAAAGCGAAAUAAAUGGGCGGCGGUACUCUCGUUGACGGUGUCCGUCGCUGGUUUCAACGCCGCAGCAACACUUCUGCAUCAUCGUCAUCUUCUACUUCUCCAUCUAAUAACAAUAACAAUAAUAAUAAUAAUAAUUUAAUUAAUAAUAGUGGCGAGGCUGAUAUAUCGGACAGUGAAAGGCAAAGCAAAGAAGUAGAGGAGAAUAAGGUAACAACGGUUAUUCCAGACAUUGAUUUAUCUGCCUUAAACUCUAUCAGAGUUCCUAAGAGACAUACCAUUUUUCCUAUUGGCUCUAUGGAUCCUCACAAGAAGGGCACAGCUGAAGCAGACUUUUUCACCGAGUACGGAGAGGGAAGUCGAUACCAAGUACAGGAAGUUGUUGGGAAAGGAAGUUAUGGUGUUGUUGGCUCUGCAAUUGAUACUCACACGGGAGAAAGAGUUGCAAUCAAGAAGAUUAAUGAUGUUUUUGAACAUGUUUCUGAUGCCACUCGUAUUUUGAGAGAAAUUAAGCUCCUUCGGUUGCUACGUCAUCCUGAUAUUGUAGAAAUAAAGCAUAUCAUGCUUCCUCCCUCACGUAGAGAAUUCAGAGAUAUAUAUGUUGUUUUUGAGUUGAUGGAAUCUGAUCUUCACCAAGUAAUUAAAGCAAAUGAUGAUCUUACUCCUGAGCAUUAUCAGUUUUUUUUGUACCAGCUUCUUCGUGGUCUAAAAUAUAUACAUACAGCCAAUGUUUUUCAUCGAGAUUUAAAGCCAAAAAAUAUUCUUGCCAAUGCUGAUUGCAAACUGAAGAUUUGUGAUUUUGGUCUUGCUCGAGUAUCAUUCAAUGAUGCCCCGUCAGCUAUUUUUUGGACUGACUAUGUGGCAACUAGGUGGUACCGCGCUCCUGAACUCUGUGGUUCUUUUUUCUCCAAAUAUACUCCUGCUAUUGAUAUAUGGAGCAUAGGAUGUAUAUUUGCUGAAAUGCUUACAGGAAAACCAUUGUUUCCCGGGAAGAAUGUGGUGCAUCAAUUGGAUAUCAUGACUGAUUUGCUUGGAACUCCUCCUCCUGAAUCCACUGCAAGGAUUCGGAAUGAAAAGGCAAGGAGGUACCUUAGUAGCAUGCGUAAAAAACAACCAGUUCCGUUCUCACAAAAGUUCCCUAAAACAGAUCCAUUGGCUCUUAGACUACUUGAGCGCUUGCUUGCAUUUGAUCCUAAAGAUCGUCCAACAGCUGAAGAAGCCCUAGCUGAUUCUUACUUUCAGGGUUUGGCGAAUGUUGACCGUGAGCCAUCCACUAACCCUAUUUCUAAACUGGAGUUUGAGUUUGAGAGAAGAAAAUUGGCAAAAGAUGACGUGCGGGAAUUGAUCUACAGAGAGAUAUUGGAGUACCAUCCUCAGAUGCUACAGGAGUACCUCCGUGGUGGGGAACAGACAAGCUUUAUGUACCCAAGUGGCGUCGAUCGAUUUAAGAGACAAUUUGCACAUCUUGAAGAGCUUAAUGGAAAAGGUGAAAGAAGCACUCCUCUUCAAAGGCAGCACGCUUCCUUGCCUAGGGAACGUGUUCCUGCUCCCAAGGUGACUGCUGAGGAGAAUAAUGAUUUUGAGCAGCGAACUGGAUCUGUUGCAAUAACUCUUCAAAGUCCUCAACAAACUAAUGGUUCUGAUACAGUGGCAGAGAAUGGCCCUUCUAAACCUAACCCCAAUAGAAGCCUGUUGAAGAGUGCAAGCAUUAGCGCAUCCAAAUGUAUCGGUGUGCAACCAAAAACAAAUUUAGAGGAAGAGACGAUUACUGAGUAUGAUGAUGAGUCUGUGGAUGAAUUGUCGGAGAAAGUUGCAAAUGUCCAUACUGGAUAGCUGAUAUUCGCGAGAUUCAAAUGGCAUAUUCUGUUAAUUUAUUCUUAUUAUUCAUUCUACCAUCUCAGGUAGAAGCUAAAUCAAGAAGAAGAAGAGAUUCUCUCUUGUUAAUGCAACUCCAACUCUAUUCUUUUGAUACCUUUGGAGUCAUUAUGUUGCUUAAUCAUCCCUAGUUUUUGAUCUUAUUGUUUUUUCUAUCAUGUUAUUGUAAAUUAGUGAAUGUGGAGGAAUAUCAUAUAAUUAUUGUAGUAAGCUUUAAUAGGAGAUCAAGACUUGUCUUA